GGCGCGGCGGCAGCGGCGGCGCGGCGGGGCCCGGCCGGGCACGGAGCGCGGCCGCGGGCGCCCCACGGCCGCGGCGCGGCGCCGGGAGGAUGCGCCGCCGGGCAGCGCGCAGGGGGUGAAGCGGCCCCGCGGAUUUACCGCGGCUUCUCCGCCCUCCCCCGCUUCUCCGGUGCCCCCCCUCCGGGGGGAGGGGAAGCGCCCCGAGCCCCGGAGCUGGCGGCGAGCGGCGGCCCCGGGCGCGGCGAGCGGCGGCGGGCAGGUGCCGGGGGCAGCCGCCGCCGCGGGGCCGCGCUCCGCCGGCGCCGGCCUUAAGCGGACCGGGGCCGCCGCCGCCGGGGGCCGCUGCCGGCUCUGCCCGCUCCUGCCGGCCCCGCCGGCCCCUGCCUUGGGACUUACCUCACGCCUCCGCCACACCUCAGGACGAUAACGCGGAGCCGCCGCCAUGCCCGACUCGCCGGCCGACGUGAAGACGCAGGCCCGCUCCACGCCGCCCGGCAUGCCCCCGCCGCCCGCCGCGCAGGGAGCCCCGCGCCACCCCUCCUUCACACCCAGCACCAAUCGAGACGCUGGCCCUCCGACGUUUCUGCCUCGCGGCCGUUUUCAUGGUUGCUUGAAAUGGUCGAUGGUCUGUCUUUUGAUGAACGGGAGCAGCCACUCGCCAACCGCCAUCAAUGGGGCUCCGUCCACCCCCAACGGGUUCAGCAACGGGCCAGCCACCUCCUCCAGCGCCUCCCUGUCCACCCACCAGCUCCCUCCGGCCUGCGGUGCCCGCCAGCUCUCCAAGCUGAAGCGCUUCCUCACCACCCUGCAGCAGUUUGGGAACGACAUCUCCCCCGAGAUCGGGGAGCGGGUGCGCACCCUCGUCCUGGGGCUCGUGAACUCCACCCUCACCAUUGAGGAGUUCCACGCCAAGCUCCAAGAGGCCACCAACUUCCCGCUGCGACCCUUCGUCAUCCCCUUCCUCAAGGCCAACCUGCCGCUGCUGCAGCGGGAGCUGCUGCACUGCGCCCGCAUGGCCAAGCAGACCCCGGCCCAGUACCUGGCCCAGCACGAGCAGCUGCUGCUGGACGCCAACGCCUCCUCUCCCAUCGACUCCUCCGAGCUGCUCCUGGAGGUGGGCGAGAGCGGCAAGAGGAGGACGCCAGACAGGACCAAAGAGAACGGUUUGGACCGAGACCCCCUGCACCCCGAGCACCUCAGCAAGCGGCCGUGCACCAUGAGCCCAGCGCAGCGCUACAGCCCCAGCAACGGGCUGAGCCACCCCCCGAACGGGCUGGGGCACCCCCCGGCCGGCCCCCCCCUGCCCCAGCACUACCGCCUGGAGGACAUGGCCAUGGCACACCACUACCGCGACAGCUACCGGCACCCCGACCCCCGGGAGCUCCGCGAGCGCCAGCGGCCCGCCGCCGUGCACGGGACGCGGCAGGAGGAGGUGAUCGACCACCGGCUCACGGACCGCGAGUGGGCGGAGGAGUGGAAACACCUCAACAACCUGCUGAACUGCAUCAUGGACAUGGUGGAGAAGACGCGGCGGUCGCUGACGGUGCUGCGGCGGUGCCAGGAGGCCGAUCGCGAGGAGCUCAACCACUGGAUCCGGCGCUACAGCGACGCCGAGGACAUGAAGAAAGGCAGCCCGCCCUCCGCACGCCCCCACAACUCCUCCUCCGCCGCCGCCGAGGCUCCCCAGUUAGACGCUCACCGGGACUUCGCGCCGCGGCCGCUCUCCGGGUACAUGCCCGAGGAGAUCUGGAGGAAGGCUGAAGAAGCCGUGAACGAGGUGAAGCGCCAGGCCAUGUCCGAGCUGCAGAAGGCCGUGUCGGACGCCGAGCGCAAAGCCCACGAGCUGAUCACCACGGAGCGCGCCAAGAUGGAGCGGGCCCUGGCCGAGGCCAAGCGCCAGGCGUCCGAGGAUGCCCUCACCGUCAUCAAUCAGCAGGAGGACUCGAGCGAGAGCUGCUGGAACUGCGGGCGCAAGGCGAGCGAGACGUGCAGCGGCUGCAACACGGCGCGCUACUGCGGCUCCUUCUGCCAGCACAAGGAUUGGGAGAAGCACCACCACGUCUGCGGGCAGACUCUGCAGGGGCUGCCGGGCCCCGCCGCGCCCGGCCCCGGCCAGCCCGACGGGGUGCCCGCCAUGGCCAGCAGCCCCAGCGAGGCGGGCUCGGUGGCCGCGUCCCGUGCCGGCACUCCGGCCACGCCGGCGCCGCUGGACAGCGCGUCCCGCUGAGCCGCCGCGGGGCUGCCAGCGCCACGGACUGCACCCCGUGCCAUUUCCUCAGCUACCUGACUCGUGUGACCUCCGAAACGACCUCUCUAGCUCUCACAACUAAUCCUCACGGAUCCUCAAGCUGGGCUUUAAGUGGAGUUAAGGCAAAUACCGGUCUCUGUUCUUUCUUCAGUCUUUGUUUUGGCUUUUUUCGGUUGGUUUUCUGUCGGUUGGGGGAUUGCGGUUUGGGAUUUUUUGGGUUUUUUGGCUGUUUUUAUUUUUCUUUUUUGCUCUUUGGAUGAGGGAUUUGGCUCCGGCAUCACCAAGCAGUGCUGUGGGGAGAGACCAGCCCGAUCCCAUCCCCCAUCAGCACUGCCGAGGGGCUCACUUGGAGGAGGAAAGAACCUUCCUUUCUUCAUCUCUCUCUUCCUAUUUUUUUUUCUUUUUAUCUUUUUUUUUUUUGUAAAAAAAAUAAAGAAAAUAAAAAAGAAAACGUCGAACUCUUUGGCUUUAAGUAAGAAAUUGUAAAAAAGAAAAAAAAAAAAGAAAAAAAAAAGGAAAAAUCCAAAAACCAGACGACGCGUGACGGACGCUCACCUGUAACUACCUUGCUAGCUAGCCAAGAACAGACCAGACUCACCUCUGCUCCAAAGGAAAUCCAAAACCAAGGAAGAUCCAAACGUCUCUCCACUGCCAAAGUUCGUUUCGUUCUGUUGUCGCUUCCUUCCCCUCCCCACAAGGAUGGAUGGACAUGCCCCUGGGGCUUUAAAGAAUUUCUAUUAAAAUAAAGAAAAACAAAAAAAAAAAAGGUGUUUUUUUACUAAAACCCCAACCCCCAAGGCGUGGGAGGGGGAGAUGGGGCUGAGAACCGCAGCCGGAGCUGGCACAUCUCUACCUCUGCCCGCCACCACCCUGGAAAAGGAGAACAAAAAGGAGAUUUAAAACAAAAAAAGUGAAUAAUAAUAAAAAAAAUUUAAAAAAAAAGGAAAUGAAAAGACAGAUUUUGGGUUCCUCCCUCCCCGAAGCCGUCGGGGGACCCCCCAUCCCUUCACUGCCAGGCUGCUCCCACACCCCGCGCUGGAUUUGUUUCACAAGGAUUUUUAAAGAGGAAAAGGAAAAGGAAAGGAAAAGGAACGCCGCCGCCUUCCUGGCCAAGGACAAUGUGGAUUCUUUGGGAUUCUUGCCUCGCCGGAGCGGCACGGAGGACGGAAGUGCAAUACGGGAAGUCCGAGCUCCGAGCGGAGGCAGCAGUGCUGUGCGCUAAUGUGAAUGUAAAUAGUGUCUGCAGAGGUCCAAAAAUCAAUCAUCGUCGUCAUCAUCAUCAUGCUAGUGAUAAUAAUAAGAGACGUUUGCCAAAUAAAGGACGAGGAGGAAGCGUGGGGCCGUGGCGCUGCCCGGAGCGAGGCCUGCCAUCGAGAGGAGCUGUAGGUUUUCCGCAUCCGCAAAACGCAUCCCGUGUGUUUUCCGUAGGGGAGGAAGAGGAGGGAAGGGCUCGGGUUGUGCUGCCGGGCACGGGGCUGGGCUGGGCCACAGCAGAGCUUGGGACACGCCAAGGGUGAUGGCACUGUGCCACUGUCACCCGGCCCUGUGCCACUGUCACCCGGCCCUGUGCCACUGUCAGCCAGCCCUGCUGGGGGUUCUGUGCACCCCAAGGCCUCGGUGCAUCCCCCUGGGAAGGUUCUGUGCACCCCAAGGUCUCAGUCCAUCCCCCCAGGGGUUCUGUGCACCCCAAGGCCUUGGUGCCAUUGUCACCCGGCCCUGUGCCACUGUCACCCGGCCCUGCUGGGGGUUCCGUGCACCCCAAGGCCUUGGUGCAUCUUCCCAGGGGUUCUGUGCACCCCAAGGCCUUGGUUUAUCCUCCCAGGGGUUCCUGUGCACCCCAAAACUUUGGUGCAUCACCUUGGGUGAGGUCUGCAUGCCCUAAGACCCUGGGGGGUUCCUGUGCACCCCGAGACCUCGCUGAAUCCUCCCAGGGUUCCUCUUCUGAGGUUCCUGUGCACCCCAAGACCUUGGGGCAUCCUCCUGGGAAGGUUCUGUGCACCCCAAGUCCUUGUGCAUCCUCCCAGGGGUUCCUGUGCACCCCAAGGCCUUGGUGCAUCCCCUGGGAGGGCUCUGUGCCCCCCAAAAUCUUGGUGCAUCACCUUGGGUGAGUUCUGCAUGCCCUAAGACCCUGAGGGGUUCCUGUGCACCCCGAGAUCUCACUGAAUCCUCCCAGGGUUCCUCUUCUGAGGUUUCUCUGCACCCCGAGACCUUGGUGCAUCCCCCCAGGGGGUCCUGUGCACCCCAAGGUCUCAGUGCAUCCCCCCAGGGGUUCCUGUGCACCCCAAGACCUUGGGGCAUCCUCCUGGGAAGGUUCUGUGCACCCCAAGGCCUUGGUGCAUCCUCCCAGGGGUUCUGUGCACCCCAAGACCUUGGGGCAUCCUCCUGGGAAGGUUCAGUGCACCCCAAGGUCUCAGUGCAUCCCCCCAGGGGUUCCUGUGCACCCCAAGGUCUUGGCCCGACCCCGGGGAUGUUUCUGUGCCCCCCAAGACCUCGGUGCACCCCCUGGGUGGUUUCUGUGCCCCCCCAACCCUGGGAGCACCGCCGGGCGCCCCUCCCGUGACCGUUCACUUUAUUUAUGGUGUGACAUAUGUAAUAUUGUCUAUUUUUCUUACGUUUCCUGAGAAGAGGUAAUAUAUAAGAGUAUUGCAGGUGCCCCUGCUCGCCCGGCUGCCCGGCCUGUCCCUGCCUGUCCCCUCCUGUCCCCUCCUGCCGGGGCUCUGCCUCUCUACCUCCACCUCGCCGGGAAACCGGGGCCAGAGCCCUUCCCCGGGGCCUGCUCUCCUUUCCACUCCGCUCCCUGCUGGUUCGAUUUUUUUUUUUUAAUAAUUAUGAUUUUUUUUUAAUUUUAAUUUUUAAUUAAGAAUAAAGCUACCCUACAGAACCUUGCAUUGAAACCAAAAGCCGAGGGAGGGGACGGCGGUGACGGGCGGCCAAACCAGAACGACAGCUUUAAAUGUCAGAUUUCCCAAAAAAUAAUAAAAAAUAAAAAUUGUGCUGCAGGGAGGACGGAGCGGCCGCGGGGCCGCGGUGAUGCUGGGGGGGUUCCCAGGGGGUUUGCCCCCCAAUGGUGGCGCUGGGGGGCAGGGGACGUGUGCCACGCGUGUGCCCCUCUGGUGGCACCUUGGGGGUGGCAGCGGGUGGGCAGCGCGGUGCUGGCACAGCCCGGCCGGGGGCAGGGGGACGGGGUUGGGGACACGGGGACAGCGUGUCGCAGUGCCCGCGGGGAGGCAGAGCCCGGGCGCUGGGUGGUGUGGCACCAGCCCGGGGAGGUGGCAGGAGGGACGUGGCUCUCACCGGGGUCCCCUCUCCAGCCCCUUCCUCACGUUCCCAACCCAAAAUGCCGGCUGAAACCAAAGUUCCACGUCCCGGCGAGGCUGGAGCGGGGGUCCCACACCCGCCUGGCUUUUGCUCCAUCACUGCCAGAGCCCCCCGAACUCCCCUGCAGCAUCUCCUCCUCCUCCUCUUCCUCCUCCUCCUCCGGGGGCUGCUGGGGUCCCCCUGUGCAUCCCAGUGGCUCCGAGGCUGGGGACAAGCUGCCGCGCGUUCCCAGGCACUGUGACGGGGUGUCCCCGCUGCGGUGGCAGCCCCGGGGGCUCCUCCGGUGUCACCGAGCGGCCCCGGGAGGGAGGCGGUGCCGGUGUCCCCCCCUGCGGGACUGAGCCCUGCCCUGCCAGCCCUGCCACGGGCACGGGGGGCUCCGGGGGGCUGCAGGGCAGAGCCCCCCGCCAGGCCGGGGUGGGGCGAGGGGCCAGCCCAGAGAGAUGAUGUGGUAGGACUUUCCUUCGGCAUGCUGUCCCCCCUUGCUGUUCCCCGCUUUCUCUAAGUGUACUGUAUGUUUGACCUGUGAAAGAUGUAAACUUUAUGAUUCAGGUUAUGUCUGUUCUUAACUCUGUAUCUGUGUAAUAAAGACAAUUUAAUAUCAA